UCUUGUAUUCUGGCCGUUGGAGGUUCAGAGCGUAAAGUUGUACCUGAUGAUGACGAAAACAGGUUCAAAACUAUAACAACAAUGCUUGUAACAAUGUCCUGUGAUCAUCGUGUUGUUGAUGGUGCUGUUGGUGCAAUCUGGCUCAAGCAUUUUAAGGAAUAUAUGGAAAAACCAGAGACUAUGCUAUGA